AGCAGCGCUUCGCUCGUGGCACAGAAACUUCGUUCGUCUCGACGACCUCGUUUCAGUUAACUUCAACACCAUGGCCAUCGACGCCGGUCACACCGCGUGGAUGCUGAUGAGCUGCGGGCUCGUCAACCUCAUGACCCCCGGCCUCGCCUUUUUCUACGGCGGUCUCGUUCGUCAGCAAAACGUGCUGACCAUGAUCAUGCAGAACUACGUCUCCAUGGGCCUCAUGACCAUCGUCUGGAUCGUUUGGGGCUACUCUCUCUGCUUCGGCGAGAACAAGACCUCUUACAUCUGGGGCAACCCCGCUACCCACGCGAUGCUCUCCGGCAUCGAGAAUGACGAUGGCGAUAUCCCUGGCACCGUCUUCGCUGCGUUCCAGGGCAUGUUCGCCGUCAUCACCCCCGCCCUCAUGACCGGUGCCUUCGCCGAUCGCGUCAUGUUCAAGCCCUACCUUCUCUUCAUCCUCCUCUGGAUCCACCUCGUCUACUAUCCCUUCUGCCACUGGAUUUGGGGCGGCGGCUGGAUGUACGAUGAGGGAGUUUGGGAUUUCGCCGGCGGCAUCGUCGUUCACUGCACCGCCGGCUUCGGCGCCCUCGCCGUCGUCAUGGCCCUUCCCCACCGCAAGAAGCUCGAGCCCGAGCUCGACACCGAUCCCCACAACAUCCCCUUCGUCGCUCUUGGCACCGCCCUCCUCUGGUUCGGCUGGUUCGGAUUCAACGGUGGCUCUGCUCUUGGCGCCAACGAGCAGGCUGGCUACGCCCUCAUCAACACCGAGAUCUCCGCGUCCUGCGCGCUCUUCACGUGGCUCAUGAUCGAGUGGGCGCACAAGGGCAAGCCCACUCUCGUCGGUGCCUGCGUCGGCGCCAUCGCCGGUCUCGCCACCGUCACCCCCGCCGCCGGUUUUGUGUACCCCUGGGCCGCGAUGGUCAUCGGCAUCCUCGCCGCCCCCUGGUGCUACUUCCUCAUCGAGGUUGUCAAGAACAAGUUCGACCUCGACGAUGCACUCGACGUGUUCGCCGUGCACGGCAUGGGUGGCUAUCUCGGCACCCUUCUCAUCGGUAUCCUCGCGGAUGAGCGGCUGGGCGGCCCGGAUGCCAGCGGUAAGCAGUUCGGCAAGCAGCUCUGGGGCGCCACCUUCUGCGCCGUCUACGCCUUCGUCGUGUCCUUCGCCCUCAUCAAGGUCAUCAACCUCUUCAUGCCCGUCCUUCCCCCCCAGUCCGCUCUCAGCGAGGGUCUCGACACCUCCAUCCACGGCGAGAAGGCGUACAGCGGAAAGGACACCAGCAACAACGGCACCGAGUACGCCAACCCUCUCAAGGCUGCCUCUGCCGUUUAAAUUGGCGCAGCAACAAAAGCGGUGUUAAGUUAUUAAUAAGUGCUCGGACCGUCACUGGGUGUCGCAGAUCAAGUUGAAGAUGAGCACCAUCUGCCUUUAUAUAAGUUUUAAUAACCCUGACUUAUUCAAUUCACAUGA